GGUGCGAUUUCCUAUCUUCUUCCUGGUUCUUUCCAUCAACAACCCCAUUUGAUUUCGUAUAUAGACUCACUUCAAAUCUAAUUCUCUCUCUCAAUCUACACUCGAAUUCGAGCUGAAAUUAACAGAUAAUAUCGUCGGAGGUAUAUAUAUAUUUGCCGUCGGAAUCUGUUACAGUAAAGUAAUGGCGGACUUAAACGGAGGAGCUCAGUACACGGACUUUCCGGCGAUGCCGACGUAUGGAGGUCGGUUUGUUCGGUACAACAUAUUCGGUAAUGAAUUCGAGAUCACAUCAAAAUACCUUCCUCCUAUUAUGCCUAUUGGCCGCGGUGCUUAUGGGAUUGUCUGUUCGAUGUUGAAUUCGGAGACGAAUGAGAUGGUUGCUAUGAAGAAGAUUAUGAAUGCUUUUGAUAAUUACAUGGAUGCUAAGCGGACGCUUCGUGAGAUUAAGCUUCUUCGACACUUGGAUCAUGAGAAUGUUGUAGCUAUAAAAGAUGUAGUUCCUCCACCUCUACAAAGAGAGUUCUCAGAUGUCUACAUUGCCACUGAGCUCAUGGAUACCGAUCUUCACCAAAUUAUUCGAUCAAAUCAAAAUUUAUCAGAAGAACAUUGUCAGUACUUCUUGUAUCAACUAUUGAGAGGAUUAAAGUACAUUCACUCUGCUAAAGUCAUUCAUAGAGACCUCAAGCCUAGUAAUUUGUUGCUGAAUGCAAAUUGUGAUUUGAAGAUUUGUGAUUUUGGACUUGCCCGGCCAAAUGCGGACAACGAUUUUAUGACUGAAUAUGUUGUCACGAGAUGGUACAGGGCACCCGAGCUGCUACUCAACUCAUCAGACUAUUCGGCUGCCAUAGAUGUGUGGUCUGUUGGCUGUAUUUACAUGGAGCUUAUGAACAGAAAACCUUUGUUUGCCGGUAAAGACCAUGUGCAUCAGAUGCGACUAUUAACAGAGCUUUUGGGCACACCUUGUGAAUCAGAGCUUGGGUUUAUCAAGAACGAGGAUGCAAGAAGAUAUAUCGCUCAGCUUCCACGACAUCCUCGUAAAUCAUUACUAAAGACUUUCCCACAUGUUAAUCCAUCAGCCAUUGAUCUGGUUGAGAAAAUGUUGACAUUUGAUCCAGCCAGACGUAUCACAGUUGAAGAGGCUCUAGAACACCCAUACCUUGAAAGAUUACACGACAUUGAUGAUGAACCAGUUUGCGCGAAUCCAUUCUCAUUUGAUUUCGAGCAACAAGUUUUAGGAGAACAACAGAUCAAGGAUUUGAUCUUCCAGGAGGCAUUAGCACACAAUCCAGAGUACGCGUAAAGGAAUUACUCAACAGUUAUUCGGAUUUAGCACCGCAUAUUCGUGCUAAAUAAAAAUCUGAUAAUUUUUUUCCAUAGUGAUCAACCACCAGGAAGUAGGAUCUGCAAACAUAUAUGUUGUAUAAUUAAGCUAUAAAACAAUUUGCAGAUGUGUCCCGUGGUUGAUAAUUCUAUGUUUUACACGAUAACAUGUCUUUUUAGUAAGCCGGAAAAAGAACUUUUCCUGCUUACAACGGUUUUAUUGGUUUUUUAUAUUUUUUUAUUUAUUGGGUGAGGUGUGUCUCAUUCGAUGACUUCCGUGUUGUUGUAAUGGAUUUUUGUUGAAAUAAAUCCGUACUUAGUUAACUU